CGGCCCUCUCCGAGUCUCGCGAUAACUUCGUGGGCUAUAAAAGCUGCGCCCCGCGCGCGCGUCUCGGGCGUCGUCUUCCUUCCUCUGCGUAGCUGUUUCUUUCUUUGAGACCUGUGUGACUCGGACCUGCUGAUAGCAAGAUGUCUUCAGGAAAUGCAAAAAUUGGGCAUCCUGCCCCCAACUUCAAAGCCACAGCUGUUAUGCCAGAUGGACAAUUCAAAGAUAUCAGCCUAAGUGAUUACAAAGGAAAAUAUGUCGUAUUCUUCUUUUACCCUCUGGAUUUUACUUUUGUGUGCCCCACUGAGAUCAUUGCUUUCAGUGAUAGGGCAGAAGAGUUUAAGAAACUGAACUGCCAAGUGAUUGGAGCGUCUGUGGAUUCUCACUUCUGUCAUCUGGCAUGGGUUAAUACACCCAAGAAACAAGGAGGACUGGGACCUAUGAACAUCCCUUUGGUGUCAGACCCCAAGCGUAGUAUUGCUCAGGAUUAUGGAGUCUUAAAAGCUGAUGAAGGUAUCUCUUUCAGGGGCCUCUUUAUUAUUGAUGAUAAAGGUAUCCUUCGACAGAUCACUGUAAAUGAUCUUCCUGUUGGCCGCUCUGUGGAUGAGACUCUAAGACUAGUUCAGGCCUUCCAGUUCACUGACAAACAUGGUGAAGUGUGCCCAGCAGGCUGGAAACCUGGCAGUGAUACCAUCAAGCCUGAUGUCCAGAAGAGCAAAGAAUAUUUCUCUAAGCAGAAGUGAGCACUGGACCAUUUUUCUGCCAGGCUGCAUUGGGCAGCGAGAAGAAAAUCUCUUGUACUCUAUUCGUGCUUAGAAAAAACUUGGUGUCAUCCAAGACAUACCUUUCCUACAGGUCUGGGGGGGUGGGGGUUGGCCUUUCUUCCACUUUUGGGAAUGGACUGAGCUGUGUUGUGGGUAGAAUGUAUGAUACACCUGUUGCAGAAAUCAGCCUGUUCUUUUUGUAGUAUCUAUUAAACUUGAAAAUAUGAGGA